AAACUCUAGGUAUAGCAAGAUGAAGUUAAUCUCUAGGUAUAACAAGAUGAAGCUAAACUGUAGGUAUAACAAGAUGAAGCUAAACUGUAGGUAUAACAAGAUGAAGCUAAACUGUAGGUAUAACAAGAUGAAGCUAAUCUCUAGGUAUAACAAGAUGAAGCUAAUCUCUAGGUAUAACAAGAUGAAGCUAAACUGUAGGUAUAACAAGAUGAAGCUAAUCUUAUAUAUUAGUUCAGUAUUCCAAGCUGGUGUUAGAGGUUUUGAUAAAACUUUGUUUUCUGAUUUUAGGGCCCAUUUAACAGUUUUAAGCUUCCACAAGACAAAGAUUGUGAUUGGACAGGAUUGAAGUUUAGUCCUGAUGGAAAGAUGAUUCUUAUAUCUACUAAUGGUCAGGUUAUACAUUUAAUUGAUGCCUUCCAAGGAAAACCACUACAAACAUUGAUGGGUCAUAUAAACAACAAGGGACUUCCAUUAGAAGCUUCUUUUAGUCCAGAUUCUCAGUUUGUUUUCAGUGGGUCCACUGAUGGAAUAAUCCACGUGUGGUGUGCUAAAACAGGAGUUAAAACAGCAGUUCUCAGUUGUGACCACACGGGACCCGUACAGUGCGUACAGUUUAACCCUAAGUACAUGUUGUUAGCCUCGGCCUGUACCAAUAUGGCUUUCUGGCUGCCCAACAUAGAUGAAGAAAUAUGACAAAUACUGAAGAAUAAUAUUUUACGUUUUCAAUUUUGUACAUUGUAAUAUAAAACUCUAUGAAAAGGAACUUUUUUGUAUAGUACUAUCUUUUAAUACCCUUUGUGGCAGACCAAACAAACUCCGUUUUACUUCUGGGACUGAAGAAAUUGUACCCUGGUCAUGAAUUCUCUCCAAGACUUGUUUUAAGGGUUUGACAUUAUUUUGACCAAGCUAUUUUUCAUGUUUUUAUUUAUAACACUUUUGUUAUAGUGUGUACAUUUUUUCAGUAAGUAUUUAAUGGAUCAAAAUAACUGAUGUUGUAAUUUUAACAUCAACUUUUUUUAUUAAAUUAAUAAAGAUGCAGAGAUACUAGGUGGAAGAUGUUUUAGUAGUUGGUUCUUCAAGGUCAUAAAUGACUUAUGGUACAGAUCGUAUAUUUGAUAGUCUCUGCCAUCAGUAUAGGGAAGAAGAAUGUUAAAUGUUUGUGAUAUUCUUUACACACGUGACAUUAGAAGUACUUGUCAUUUUAAAACUACGAGAAAGGGUUGUAUUUCUGUUAUCAGUACGUAACCGUAUGGUGGUUAAAUUAAUUUAUGUUUAGGACUUUCAGUUUAUCCAUUAGAAAUGUUAAGAAUUAGUUUUAAAAUGUGUAGCAUGGGGAGUCUUAUGUUUUUAUGAAGAGUUUCCUAUGUUAGUUGAAAGAUUCAGAUUGAAGUAAUUAUAGCGAGUAAUUCGUGUAAAUCUCAGUUGAUAUUGGAUAGAAUGAAAUGUUUUUAAAAGAUGCGAGUCUCUCACGAAACAGAAAAAGGAAUAUCUGAUGGACUUUGUAAAAAACCAAACAAUAGUUUUUGUUAUGUUCAAAAGGUUUUCCCCGCGAUCAUGUCAUAAUUUUUCUCUGCCAUGCAUCUGAAAUCCCGAGUUUUUUAGCAGGUUUUACUUGUUCAGAUGCUGUGUAGCACUGUUGUAGUAAUUUGUAGUCAUGCUUGUUUUGUGGUGUAAUAAUUCGUAGUCAUGCUUAUUUUGUGUUGUAGUAAUUUGUAGUCAUGCUUAUUUUGUGUUGUAAUAAUUCGUAGUCAUGCUUAUUUUGUGUUGUAGUAAUUUGUAGUCAUGCUUAUUUUGUGUUGUAAUAAUUCGUAGUCAUGCUUAUUUUGUGUUGUAAUAAUUCGUAGUCAUGCUUAUUUUGUGUUGUAAUAAUUCGUAGUCAUGCUUAUUUUGUGUUGUAAUAAUU